CUAUGCUAAAACAGUAGAGAUUAGCCUCUUCUGCCAUCCAGACUACACCAGCAAAGGCAUCGGCAGUUGUCCCAUCAAUCAGCUCAUCGACACACUGCGAACCGCCAAACAUGUCUGCCAAGAAGUUGGCCACGAACAGAACCCUACCGAGUUCGAUGUCCGGAAAGUGAUCGCUGUUAUGUCUGUGGAUGAAGGCGCUCAAGGGCAGGCAUUGGCCUUACGAGACUGGUACAAGCGCUGGGGAUUCGAGGAGGUUGCCAGGCUGAAGGGGGUCGGAUUCAAGCAAGGACGAACGAUUGACGUACUAUACCUUGAGUUGCACCUACAGUGACACCCAGCAGCGCCACCCUUCUAGCUAGCACAUCGACCACAGAUGAAGUGUCUCAAAUGCGCAGAGCGUCGAUAUGUUCCGCUCCCUGGGUUGGCGUGGCAUUGAUGGGCAUCCUGCAGGGCGACAUCGGCUACCAUGUGUCAGCCUCUAUUCCCUUCUCAUUGAAAGAGGAAAGCCUAGAAUUCACCAAGCGCCCACCAUUUUUGAUCAGACCACGAAAAACAACUGCAAUUGCCUAUUGUCUCGACAAAAGCAACGACGUCAAGCCUUUCUCUUGUUACAUGGUGUUUGGCACCGAGAGCACGUGGGACGCUAUUUGACGGCUGUGGAACCGGGUUUCAUGAAAGGUCCACACUGCCAAAGAUUUUCGAAGGCCGGAUUUGGAAUGCUCGCCCAAAUAGGCAGGUCUAUGAUGCAACACUUCGCUUUCGCUCCGAGAUUGUAUGCGCGGGGAUUGAGAUGCCAAAUUCCGUGCUGGUCAAAGCGUUCUUCCUUCUUUCUCGAAUUUAGCAGAUUUUCUAGGCCGAGGUACGAAACGGAGACAACGAUGAUGGACUGCCAAGGGCGAAGACAGGAAUUCGCCAGCCUUAGCGCUGCGACCUUGGUAGCUUCCGCUCUUGAGCAUGUUUGCUAUAUCCACUGUUACGUGCGGAUGGUCAACGAUGCCUCGCCAUGGACCAUACUUUUCCCUGGCGUGCCAGAAACUGGUUACGUUGAUGACUAUCUGCACUGCCAUGGGCCACUUCGGGAAGAAGUUGUGAGAAUUAUACUCACGACCGAGGAGAUGCAAACGAUCUUUGUGACUUCACGAAGUGUCCGAAGCAUCGGUGGUACGCCAAAGGUCAACGGGUGCUGAGUACGAGUCAUAACCACAGUUUCGAAUUUUCCGGGGAUGUCUAAGCAGGUCGAUCAUAUCCGGAUGAUCCCCAGGGAUGAUUGUCCCGUUGAUCGCCUGACUGGAUCCUAUUUCAUUGACUGGACACUUCUAUUGGCCUCCACAAUUGAUCGUCGAUCAUGCGGGGGCCUCUAACGGGUCUUCAAGAUCCGAGUCCGAGUGACGCUUCAUCAGUGAUACCUUGACACCCAGACUCUCGGGUCCAAAAUCAUGAAAAGCACUCAGGUCAACCUACAGGAAGUUUCCGGUGAGUGGGAACGUGGCUCGUUGCUUGGCCUAG